AAGUUAUUCGUGUUUUUCUUGGGUCAAACUCAGAUGAUUCACCUGUAUCAACAAAGCAGCGCUUUAAAAACUUUGCCAUUGUGAAAAGGCCUUACAAGUAGUAGUGAGCACUAUUGUUCAUCCUAAAUAGGUAAGGGGUAUCCGUGUAUGUGUUAUCAAAACACAGCUAUCUUGUCAGUGCUCAGUCGGUCAUGGAGUCAAAGAAGACACCAUUUCUUCUUCAAGAGGACACUGAUGAAAUCAAAGAGAAGCGAGAAAAGCGGGAAGAAAAUGCUUGUCGAAAAACACUCAUCCUGUUUCUAAUAGUGCUACUGGCAGUGGUUGUUUGUGCUAUUAUAGCUAUUUCUGUUGCUGUUGCUUUAAGUUUACCUUCUGACCAGCCAACCACUGAACCAACAAGUGAUGGUCUAAUGGUAACAACUACCACACAGGAGGAGUUAUCUGGUGAAUACUAUGGAUCCAAUGGGGCUGGGAUUCGUUUCCAGGUGGUCAUCAAUUCUACCUACUAUACUCUAAUAGUUACCAGUAUCAGUACUGGCAUGGAUCUCAUUAAUGUCAUGCACCCCCAGUCCACCAAUAUGACAAUGACAAGUAUCAACAGUACCAUGUUCAUGAUUAUGAGGAACUCAACCUCACAAAUGAAUGACUACAUUGUACCUCCUAAUGCUACUGGUGUCAUGGAGACUAUGAUGAUGAGCAGUGACCCACACAUGACUGACGAUCUUCUCCAAGAGCUUGACAGCAUUAAUGUGAAUAUAACACGUCAGCUUACUCUUCAACUCCUUGCUUUAAGUGAAGAAGCACUCCUUAUCAUUGAAGCAGCAAAGGCUCUUGUUGAAAUGAACAAUGUUAAUUCAAGCUACCCUCCUGUAAGGCAGUUUUACCUCCUGGGACUGCAGCUGGAGAAAAUGAGAGGUCAUUCAUUAGGUGGAGCUAGUACAGUAAGAAAAAGGAGCACAACAACCAAGCAGUAUGGCAGAUGUGCUGCUGGGGGCGGAUACUGUACUGCUAGUAGAUGUCCUUACUCUCGUGAUGGCAAUGAUUGUUUUGGUAUGUGUGGACGUGGUUGCUCUUGCUGGUUCUUUGUCUGUGGUGAUUGCUGUUAUCACCAUUACUGUGAGACUCAUGAUAUCUGUUGUGCUAGAAAAGGUUUUUAUACAUGGGCUUGCUUUCGAGUUUUACGUGAUUAUUUUCGGAGUAGUUGUAGCAGUGCCUAUGAAUGCUGAUAAAGCCAGACUUUAGGAUAACUGUUACUGAAUAUUUUAAUAGUAGCUUGCUAGUCUAGAUAAAUUUAUACAUUUGCAUAGAAGUGUGGAGUAGUAUGGUAGAAUUUAGGUGUGUACAUAUUGUCAUUCUUUUGUUGUAACUUUUUUAGUAGAUGUUAACAUUUUCCCUGGGUUUUAAUUUCAUUUUGUCAUUUUCAUAUUUGUUUUAAAAGUUAUAAUAAACAAAAAAGUGAUGUAAUGUGAAAUUUACAGGAGAGAAAAGAAGUGAUGUGAAUGAUGUGCAAUUGGUUCAUACAAGUUUGUUAUGUUACAGAGUGUCCAGUACAUGGUAGAUUGCUCUAGCUCGUAGGUCUGCUAGUUUUAUGAUGAGGAUUUUUGUUUCUGCUGAUUUAGC